AAGUACAAGAACAAAAGAGAACCAAGAAUAGAAGAGUUCCAAUAUUAUUCAUAAAAUAGACAUUCUUUUAAGAAAAGUGUGUUUGAAUGAACUUCUAAAAAAUUUUUAUCCGAAAUCUGUCGUUUUAUUCGGUGCUAUUAUUACGCAACCCUAACUAUAUUCAUGAAAGUAUAUUUGAGUCAAAAUACUAUUUAGAGUAUUCACGUAUUUUUUAUUUAUUGUUUGCCUUACGCCAAAUUCAUUUGAAGCUAAACGUACUCACGUUACCCACCGUACAAUAUCCUCCUUCUUUAUUUUACUUUGGUUUACAUUCCUUAGACUUACCUUCAUUCAGUUGUUUUAUUCACAAUGAGUCAGGAUCAGGAAGAAGAUUACACCAAGUUACCUUUGGAAACGCGAAUUACACAUAAAGUCUGGAAGGCACGUUUGGGUGCUUAUGAAGAGUUGAAUAAAUCGUUCUCCCUCUCCGGGUCUCCAACAGAUUCUUGUUUCGAUCUUUGGGCCCGUCAACCUGAUUUAUGGAGAUCUGUUCUUGCAGACAGCAAUGUCGCAGCUCAAGGAGCAGGCGUUACUGCUUUCGUGUCAUUCUGUAAAUAUGCAGAUCCAUCUUACAUCAUUAAAUGUAGAGAGCUUGCUGCUGCUGCUAUAUCAGAAAAAUGCCUUACUUCUCGGGUUUCGACAAAAUCUGAUGCUAUUGAAGCCUUGAUGUUAAUGAUUGAAGUAGAUACGGCAGCUCCUGUAAUUGAACCUCUUCUUCCUUCCUUGUCGGCACGAUCUCCAAAAGUUAUUACUGCUAACGUGUCAGCUAUUGCUGACUUGAUCGAACAAUUUGGUACGAAGAUUAUUCCACCAAAGCCUAUUGUCGGACAGUUAAAGUCACUUUUCGGGCAUGCUGAUAAAAAUGUACGUCACGAAACGUUUCGAUUGACUGUCAAUAUGUUUCGCUGGAUUGGAGAGCCUCUAAAAACAUCAGUUUUUGGGGAUUUGAAACCAGUCCAAGUGAAGGAGCUUGAAAGUUCUUUUGCGAAACUACCUUCUGAUCCACCAAAGCAGCAGCGCUUGCUGAGAAGCCAAGUUCCUGAGCAAACUGAAGAUGGUUUAGACAACGAAAAAGGUGACGAUGAUGAUGAGAGCAAUGACGAAGCAAACCUUCAGGAGGAAGGUGAUGAAUUCGACUUGAUAGAGGAAGUAGAUGUUAUUCCCAAAAUUGAUUCAAACCUUGAAACCGUAAUGUCCUCGACUAAGUGGAAGGAACGUAAGGAAGCUCUUGAUGCGCUAGUUCCAGUCCUUAGCCAACCAAAAAUUAAGGACGAUGAUUUCUUCUCCUUGGUUGCAUUGCUAUCUAAAUCCAUUAUAAAAGAUGCAAAUAUUAUGGUCGUAAUGAAUGCAGCGAAUUGUAUAACGGCACUAGCUAAAGGUUUGCGUUUGAACUAUUCUAAAUACGCUAUAACUUCAGUUCAAGCGCUUUUGGAGCGAUCGAAAGAGAAAAAACAAAAUGUUGUAGAGACAUUGUCUUCAGCAAUGGACGCUGUUUGCGAUACGAUACCUUUUGAUGAUGUUAGUGAACCCAUUUGUGCUUUCUCUAACAACAAGAAUCCUCAGAUUAAAAUUGCAUGCUUUAAUCUAUUAACUCGCUGUUUUCGUAAAGUGCUUCACCAUCCUUCGAAGUCUAGCAUUGAGCUCUGCUCGAAAUCUUGUGUUCCUGGAGUCUCAGACACGUUUGAGCCCGUGCGUUCUUCAGCAGCCGAAGCACUUGGAACUCUCAUGAAGCUUGUAGGAGAACGACAAUUAGCGGUACACAUGGAAUCCUUGGACGAAAUACGAAAAUCAAAGAUCAUGUCCUUUUUCGAGUCUGCUACAGUCAAGGCUAAGGCACCCCCGAAAACAAAACCCACUUCCACAACUACAGCUAAAAAACCUGAUACUAAGCCAGUAGCACCUCCGAAGCCGAAAACUGCUAAAAACCCACCCUUGCCGACUUCCUCUAACUCGGCUGUAUCAGCAUCGCCGAAAAAGAAGACAAGCUCUGAGAAACUAUCUUUGAACAUGGAGAAGCCGAAUGCGUUUGAGAACGGUCCUUUAAUGCCAAGGCCUACAACUAGACCUGUGGCGCGUGGUCUUACUCGCAACUCACCACUUUUAAAUAAGCCGGCUUUGAAAUCAACAUCACCACUUCCUGCUGGAACAUUAAAUCAAACGGUACAAGGAAUAAAAAACAUGGAGUUAGAUGAUGCGGCACAUCAGCCUUUAAAACUUUCAAAGACAGCCCCGACUCACCUAGAUUUGGAAGAAAACCGCGGUGGCUCUAUCCAAGAAAUCGCUUCACUGAAUGAACAGAAUGAAGAACUGAAAAUUUUAUUGUCUCUCGAAAGAGAAGAAAAAACUCGCUUACAACGAGAGUUAGCUGAUGUUAAAAAAGAAUUAAGUACACUCCGUGAUUUACAGCCUUCCUCUCCACUAAAUGAUCGGAGAUCCGCUUUUCUGCGAAGAGCUAAUUCAGAAAUGGCAGACACAUCGACAGGUCCAAGCAACCGUUUAGACCUGUUACAAUCUCCGCUAGGAAGGACGAGGCCUUUAAGUUCGACAGGUUUCAACCAACACUCUCCACUUGGAGUCUCCAAGGCCGGAAAUAAUUUUUCGUUUCAAAAAGAUCCCCCAAAGCGGCCAUUCUCCCCUCGCUCGAAUGUAGAGUGGAACAAAGCAAUUGAUUUGACAACAAGGUUAAAACAAAAGAUCAAUGAAAUGAAACAGACGGAUAUCAGACAUCAGGGAAUGAUUCAUUAGAAAUAAGAGAAAAAAAAAUAUCUUAACAUUUGGUUUUAUAAAAGGAUUUACGUAUAAUAAUGGUUAAUUUGGUGAAUCUUUGAAAGUUUUAUGAUUUUCCUUGCAAUAGAUUGUUUUCUCAUAGUAAAUAAAAUGUUUGAAAGAAAUGGAUGUUCA